GGGGUUCACUUCGUUUGUUGUCAUAGCGCGAGAGACUUUCGAGUAGAACGGACGUCGAUUUGUAUACGCGAGCUCAAAAGAAAAAAGUGGACAAUAUUGUUGGAAAGAUAUAUUCCCCAUAACAAAUAUAAUACACAGACCAUAGAUAGCAUGGGAACUUAGCGGAUUUACCUACUAAAUACGUGUCGCAGUGAUACGAAACUAUUGAUAGAAAAUCGAGAGAGAUCAGAAACGUGAUCUUGUAGCGCAGUGUAUCACAUAACCAAUCAAGCUGGUCCAGAAUUAUUGGCAUUGCGCGUAAUCGUCACUUAAACAGAAAUAGAAACGAGAACGUACAACAUUUUGUACAACAAUUAAAUAAAUGUGCGCGUGUUCAAAAUUUUGAAAACGCAACAACAAGUGGAAAUACAACAACAACAACAGCAGCAGCAACAACAAGAAGAACGGGAACGGGAAGUGCUCGCUCAACAAGUGUUACGAAUAAGCACACUGGGAUUAUCUAAUAAACCAAUAAUAUACAUAAGACUCAUACCCGUACCUCCCCAAAAUAUAAUAAUAAAAGAGAUUAUAUACCAAAUAGGCAGCAUAAAUAUUAAAUUUAAACCAGUCAAGUGUUUGAGAGCUCUGUGUGUGUGCUCUUCUGUAUAUGUGUGUGUGUGAAACGAGCAACAGCAGCUACAACUAAACAACACAGCAACGACAACAACAACAAGAGCAGCAGCAACAGUACGGCAACGUCAACAACACGCAAUUGCUGUGAGCGCGACGGAGACAGCAACAGCGUGAGUCAUAAAAGUGAAAUAAAAAUGCGGAUAAAGAGAGAAGCGCCGUGUCUACUGUUAUUUAUGCCAUUACCAAACAAUAACAACAACAACAACAAUCGCAUUGGCGCUAAUCACAAGGACUAUCCCAACAACAAGCGUUCCAGGGAAAAUCUGGCAUGUGACGAACAACAGCUGACGGCGACGUCAACGACGGCAGCAAUGAACGCUGGCAGCAAUGGCGGCCGAACGCCGCCGCUCAUGCGCAGCUGUUCCAGUCCGGCGGUUUACGAUAUCGAAACACAUCCCGCUUCGCCAGUAUUCCCACAUCUGCUGCUGGGCAAUGGCCGGGAUGCGGACGAUCCCAGCAGCGUGGGCGCCAAUUGUGUGUUGAAUGUUACCUGCCAAAGUCCCAGCGAGAGUCAUCUGCAGGGUCUGAAGUAUAUGCAAAUACCUGCCAGCGAUACGCCCCAUCAAAAUAUUAAACAAUAUUUUCAGGAGGCAUUCGAUUUCAUAGAGGAUGCACGCAAAACAGGUUCGCGCGUUUUGCUACACUGUCACGCGGGCAUCUCGCGCAGCGCCACCAUCGCCAUUGCGUACGUCAUGCGGUACAAGUCGCUGUCGCUGAUCGAGGCCUACAAGCUAGUGAAAGUGGCCCGGCCCAUCAUCUCGCCCAAUCUGAACUUCAUGGGCCAGUUGCUCGAGCUGGAGCAGAGUCUGCUCAAGAGCGGCGCCCUGGCGCCGCUGCCCACUGUGUCCCCAUCCGCAUCGCCCGCUGCCAGCAGCCAUGCGUCAGCAUCUAGUCAGCUCGUGGAAGAGCCCGAGGAGGAGGAGGAGGCCGAGUUACGUCCGAUGCCAGUGCCGCGCAAGUCCAAGUCGGACAGCGAGGCCAUGGACGAGGAUGUCUAUGAUUAUGAUGAUGUGGACAGUGGCGCCAGCAGCUUUGCCGGCAGCAAUUGCUCAUCGCGCCUCACCUCUCCGCCCGUCACACCGGACGAGACGCCCUGCACGUCGGCAGCGGCGGCGGCGUCAGCAGCAGCUGUAACUGAACUGGACUCGCCGUGCUCCAAUAGCAGCAGCGGCAUCUACUCCAUUUCAACAUCGCAAGAGUUUACACCUGCUGCGCCCGCACCUGUUACACCUGCUGCAACGUCGACGACGGCGACACUGUCGCCCACGCGACCGCUGGCGCUCUUCAAGCGCAAUUCGCCGGUGAAGCUGCGGCUCAAUCUGGAGCCCAGCUAUAACACGCCCAACAUACCAAAAUCCAUAUCCUGCAUAUCCAUACACAAUGCCAGCCAGCAUAGUCCGCUGCCGCGGGAGGCGCCAGCCACGCCCAGCUGCGAGCUGGCGCCCACAAUGCCCAAUGGCGACAACAACAACAACUUGGUGGCGGCCACGUCGAGUGAUUGAUGCAUCAGACGGAGGCGACGCCACCGACGCCCCAAAGCUGUGAAUAAAAUAAAACUUAUGUGUACAAUUAAGUGAUGCGAAAUUUCGUAUUUUAUAUACUAUAUACAGAGAGCAUGAUUGAAUGGAUUGAUUGGUUGAUUGACUGAUGGAUUGAUUGAUUGAUAGCUAGCCUCACUUACUACUCUAUGAAUUGAGCGUGUAUAUUUUGUACCUAAAAACUGAGAAAAACGAAAACUUCUGAAGAAGAAAUGAGGAAAAAACAAUUGAUGCAUCCAAAAGAUUUUGAAGAAUGCAAAUGGAGAAAUAUUUAGUCUAAUUUGUAGUUUUAAAACAUUUGUAAUCUAACCUUAGAUCACAGAGAACCAGAUACAAAAUAGAUCAACUAUAUAUUUCGUAAUGCAUCAAA